AUGUGGAAAUGCUCCAUUGGAUCAUUUACCUCUGAACAGGAUAACAACCAUGAGGAAAAGAUACAGAAACGGCCUGGGCCCAGUGAAGGAAGGAGAGGCGCAAUAUGCUGUGGUACACUGCACUGGAUACAUCAAGGCAUGGCCGCCAGCAGGUGACCAGUUCGCCAGUGUGCAUGGAUAUGAAUGGAAUGUCAGUCCCCACAGAAUUCCUAUCCAGGCAUAGCUCAGAUGGAAUAAUUACCUUUGUGGAUCCAAGAUGCAUCAGUGUUAUUGGCUAUCAGCCGCAGGAUCUUUUGGGGAAAGAUAUUUUAGAAUUCUGCCAUCCAGAAGAUCAAAGCCAUUUAAGAGAAAGUUUCCAGCAGCAGAUAAAAAGAUGAUGCCUUCAGCUUCCACAACGGGAAACCAGCAGAUCUAUUCGCAAGGGAGCCCAUUUCAACCAGGACAUUCUGGGAAAUCUUUCAGCUCCCCUGUGGUUCAUGUGCCAGGUGUCAACGACAUCCAGUCCUCUUCAUCAACAGGCCAGAAUCUGUCACAGAUUUCUCGGCAGUUAAAUCAAAGCCAAGUUGCCUGGACAGGAAGUCGCCCUCCAUUCUCCGGACAGCAAAUUCCUUCGCAAGCCAGCAAGGCCCAAUCGUCGCCCUUUGCCAUUGGAUCCAGCCAUAGUUACCCUACUGACCCAGCUUCCUUCAGCCCCCUUUCCAGUCCAGCUACGUCUUCUCCAAGUGGCAACGCCUAUUCUAGCCUGGCUAACAGGACGACGGGCUUUGGAUAUGCUACCUAUUCCAGGGGAUCCAACACAAGGGACUGGCAAUUACAACAUAGAAGACUUUGCUGAUUUGGGCAUGUUUCCACCAUUUUCUGAGUAAAUUUAUCUUGCCAGAUAACAUGCUCUGGCACAGGGUUGGGGAAAAAACCUACUGAUGUAGCCUGGGCUCUGGUUUUUGUUCGUUCACUUGUUUGUUGGUGUUAACACUAUCAUAGAAGCUUUUAUACAAGCAGCCUCCAUUCUUUUCUUUGAGAUAACUUGCUCUCCUCCCCAAUGUUAACCAUGCAAGUUCUAAUAAUCUACAUGUAUUAGGACUCACAUCAGGGUUCAGUUUGCACAGGUAGUCCUCGACUUGUGACCACAAUUGAGCUCAAAAUUGCUGUUGUUAAGUGAGUCGUUUGC